UUCUCUAUCUGCUACAAUCAGCUUGCUAACAUGUCUAGUUUGGGGGGUGCAUCGACAUAAGCAAAACAGUAGUCUUUCCAUCCUCCCAAAGCAGACUGAUAAUAAAUCAAGCAUGGAAGAAAUGCUGAGGAUGUAUGGAUCUUUGGCUCCGAAAAGGUACAAGUACUCAGAGCUGAAACAAAUGACUAGCCCUUUCAAGGAUAAACUUGGAGAAGGUGGAUAUGGCACGGUAUUUAGGGGUAGCCUACAAGAUGGCUGUGCGGUUGCCGUGAACCUCCUAAAAGUUUCCAACGGCAAAGAGGAGUUCCUAAAUGAGGCAAUUAGUAUUUGUAGGACAUCACAUAUUAACAUUGUCGGUCUGCUCGGUUUUUGCUUAGAGGGAGCUAAUCGAGCCCGUGUUUAUGAGUAUAUGGCUAAUGGUUCACUGGAGAAGUAUAUUCACACAGAGAAUUCAGAUCUAGUUAUUGGAUGGGACAAGUUACAACAAAUAGCACAUGGCAUCGCACGAGGAUUGGAAUAUUUGCAUCAAGGAUGUAGUACUCGCAUCAUCCAUUUUGCCAUCAAGCCUCAUAAUAUACUUCUAGAUCAAGAUUUUUGUCCCAAGAUUGCAGAUUUGGGUUUAGCGAAAUUGUGUCACCUCAAGGCCGGUAGCAUCCUCUCUGUCGCUGAAGCAAGAGGUACUAUUGGAUUCAUUGCUCCAGAAGUAUUCUCUAGAGAUUUUGGAGUCGUUUCUACAAAGUCAGAUGUCUAUAGCUAUGGAAUGAUGCUCCUGGAAAUGGUUGGAGGAAGGAUAAAUAAAGGAAAAGGGGUUACCAAUAGCUCAAGUGAUGUGUAUUUUCCAAACCAGAUUUAUGACAGUAUAACAGAACAGGUACAAAGUUGUGAAGUCACCUGCGACCUUGAAGAGGCCAUGAGAAAGAUGGCCUUGGUCGGCCUAUGGUGCAUACAAACUAACCCCGAAAACCGUCCUUCGAUGAGCAAGGUGAUUGAUAUGUUCGAAAAGAGCAUCAAUGAAUUGGAGAUGCCACCAAAGCCGUUCCUUUCAUGUCCCUCGAUCCCGUCAUACUUGUCGUCGCAUACAAGUUAUGGUUACAGAUCAUCAUAUUGCUCCGCAUCCCCUUCUCUGUUACCAUGUUCCAAAAGUAGGAUUAAGUGGACAAAUGUAAAUUCGAAUUGCCACUACGAUACCAUUAUGAUAUUACAGUGUGUAACAGAAAUAUUUUUUUUCAAACAUCGCAUUGUGUUUCUACUAAGAAUGGCUGCGCAAUUUGAUAAGGAAAAGUCAUUUGAGAUUAUUGUAUUUGAUAGAAACCAAAAUAGGAAUAAAGCAAAUGUUAGUUAUUUGGGUGAUUGGAUGUGCUUGGUAUUCCAAGUUUCGAAAGGCACCCGAGUGGUAUGUCAGAGUCAGACAACUAGCAGGAUCAUGCAAGCAAGCAAUAGCUAG